CCCACACGAGCCCACUACUGCUUCAAUGCACGCCCCGAGGCUCGGUUCAAGUGGACCUCACGAAACGAUCGCAAAGGACGGCACGCAAUAGCCAUUGACCGAAGCCAUACAUACACCACACCUAAGCAUGUAACCCCACGGCCAACUUCGGCUGCCCGCGCCGUCGGUCGCAACAUAUGGCGGAUGCUCACAUACUACCCUAUGUGCGAUAUAUCCUUCGAUGUUGCAUAUACUUUUACAUUAGGCAGCGCCCUCUGGAUUGUCAAUGCUUUCUUCGUCUACUUGCCGUUGGUUUACCCGGACACAGAAUUCAAGAAUGAGGUGCUAUAUGGCGGGGGCAUAACUGCUUUCAUUGGAGCAACCGUCUUUGAAUUCGGAUCGUUCUUACUGCUUGCGGAAGCUAUAAAUGAGGGCAGGUCGGGAUGCUUUGGAUGGGCUGUGGAGCAAGCUUUGGCGCAUGAAGACAGUGACAGUGGAUUGAUGGCAAUCCGUGCAUCUAGGUCUGGGUGUGUUCAUCCCCACAACAAAGGACGAUCUUCUGGUAGCGGCCGUUCGGAUAUGGAGCACGAGCUACCAUCGAAGAGGCGGAAGUGGGUUUGGUGGCCGUCAAGCCAAGAGCUACGGACCCACUACAUUCACAAUCUGGGUUUUCUAGCAUCGCUCUCCCAGCUCAUUGGCGCAACAGUCUUCUGGAUAGCCGGUUUUACAGCGCUGCCCGGUAUUUACAACAACAUGUCUCGCACCAUCACCAUAAUAUUCUACUGGACACCCCAAUUGUUUGGUGGCCUAGGGUUCAUCAUUUCCGGCACUCUCUUCAUGAUCGAGACUCAGUCAAAAUGGUGGAUGCCGGCGCCUCGUACACUCGGCUGGUGGGUAGGAGCUCUGAACCUGAUUGGAGGUGUAGGAUUCACCUUGUGUCCAGCAUUUGGAUACGAUACCCGCAGCUGGGCACAGUACCAGGCUUCUCUCAGUACUUUCUGGGGUAGCUAGGCUUUCUUGAUCGGCAGCACACUGCAAUGGUACGAAAGUCUCGAAAAGUUUCCCGUGGAAAUUGACCAAUCUCCCGACACUGGUGGCUGGGAAAACGAUAUACAGACGAAAGAGUAGUUGAUAUGAUGGCGAAUACCCGGUAAUCAACGUCUAUCACCGUCCAGCAUCACUUGGGGUCUCUCCUCUUGGUGAGUCUUCCAGGAACUAUGUGGAUUGAAGUGAACACCGGGAUCGACUGCUCAGGCCAUAGCUGCAAUCUUGAUGGAGUAAUUCAAUCAUGUGAAUGU